AUGGAUAAUGAAUUUGAAGAAGAGGAGUUCGAGGAAACGCAGGAUUUAAAUAUAAAGAUAAACUCCACAAAUCGUGAUGCAGUCUUCUUUGCGAUCGAUUGUUCAGAAUCAAUGUUGAAACCUGAUAGCUCCGACAUUGACAACGUUGAAAGCGACCGCGAAAACAAAGACCCUAAUAUUCCUUUGCGUUCCGCUAUUCGCGCUGCGUCUGAGGUCUGCCUACGUAAAAUUAUUGAUCGGACGCAAGAUUAUGUUGGAGUUCUUUUUUAUAAUACCAAAGAACACAAAAAUAAAUCAGACGCGGCUCACAUAUAUGUUCUUCAUGAUGUUGAUUUCCCCGAUGUCAAUAGGAUCAGAGAGCUUAGUGAACUUGCGUCAGGCGAAAUCAAUUUUGACGAGCGCAUAGGAUCUAGUAAUGAAGAGUUCCCGCUCGCUAACGUGUUCAUGGCGUGUCGUGAAUCCCUCGCGCAAUUAUCUCCUUCCUUUAAGACUAAAAGAAUAUUCUUUAUUACGGAUCAAGAUCAGCCACAUAAAAAAAAUAGAUACUUACGAAGCGCGGCAAUUACACGAACUCACGACUUGGCCGAAAUCGGCAUUGAAGUAAAUCUAUUUAGUAUCAAUCGGCCCGACAAGCAAUUCAAUUUCAACGCGUUCUGGAGCGAAAUUGUCAGUGACGAAGAUCUUAAAAAAAAUCACGUAAACACUUCUGGUGAUAUUGAAGUGUUAGUUCAACACGUGAUGACAAAAGAAGCUCCUAGACGCUCUAUAUUCUCUUUACCGUUCCGUUUGGGUCCUGAUGAUACGCUUACUUUCGGGGUCAAAGGAUACGUACUUUGUAUCGAGAAAAAAAAGCCAACACAUCAAUGGGCAUAUAUGAAAUCUGAGGCGAUUAAAUUAGCGAAAUCCAAAUCUACCUAUAUAUGCGCGGAUACCGCACAACGUCUAUUAAGUGCCGACAUUAAAUAUUAUUAUGAAUUUGGUGGCGAAAAGAUUGUUUUUACCAACGACGAAAUAAACGAACUAAAAAAAUUCGGCGAAAUGGGAAUCACGCUCCUUGGAUUUAAACCUUACAAUAGAUUCAAGUUUCAUUACCAUAUCGAACAUCCUUAUUUCAUUUACCCGGACGAAGAGAAAUACGAAGGAAGUACUCGGACGUUUGCAGCAUUACAUCAAAAAAUGCUUGAACUGGAAAAAAUUGCAAUUUGUCAAGUACGGCUUCGCAAGACCUCGGUUUCUCGUAUCUCUGCACUUGUAGCUCAGAAAGAAGAAUUGGACGAAUACGGCGCUCAAAUUCAUCCGCCUGGCAUUCAAAUGUAUUUUCUUCCAUAUGCUGAAGAUUUACGGCCCUUGCCAGAAUGGUCUGAACUUACAUCAGCACCUUCGGACUUGGCCCAAAUCAUGGAAGAAGUAAUAACUCCUCUUACCAUAAAAAGCGGCUUUUCACCAGACAAAUUCAAGAGUCCUGCUCUCAAACGAUUUUAUGACGUGUUACAAUGUAUCGCGCUUGAUAAAGAACUGCCGGAAACCUAUACUGAUUCUACAGUUCCAAAAGUCAAUGCUAUUCGAAAGCGUGUUGGAAAGAAAUUUCUCGAGUUCAAUAAACGUGUAAUUUUAGACGCAGAAGAAAUCAAAGCUAAUCGCCAAGACAUCGUCCACGAACCGAAGCCAACAAAAGCGAGAGCGCAAAGGAAGGCAACGACAGACACUGCGGCCAAGUCAAAAACGAAAGCUGCGCCUGAAGAUGGCGUUGAUGUAGAAGCAUUGUGGAAGGACGGGCGGGCUGAAAAGGCGAAAGUUGCGGACAUAAAAGCAUAUCUAACAAAGAUAGGGCGCACUGUUACUGGGAAAAGAAAAGCCGAGUUAUUGGAAGAGUUGGAUUCGGUCAUGAAAGAAAAGUACCCCGACUAA